AUGAGUUCUGAUUACGGGUUCAGUUUAACGACCUUUUCGCCUACGGGGAAGUUGGUUCAGAUUGAGUAUGCUUUGAAUGCGGUAAAUAAGCAGGGUCGACCGGCAUUGGGAAUUCAGACUCGGCAAGGUGUUGUGAUAGCGGCUGAGAAGAAGGUGGGUAGUAGUAUUAUUGAUGAGGCAAGUUUGAGUAAGGUGGAGUUGAUAGAUGAGCAUAUUGGAUGUGUGUACGCCGGAAUGCCUGCGGAUUUUCGGGUGUUACUUGCUCGAGCUCGUAAAGAAGCGGCAUUUUACAAACGUGAGUUUGGCGAACCUAUACCUGUGGCUAGGCUGGUUAGUGCACUAGCAGACGUCAUGCAAGAAUUCACCCAAUCUGGUGGCGUACGUCCUUUCGGCUGCUCUCUUUUCGUUGCAGGUUGUAAUCAACAUCAAACUGCCGACCUCGCGGCACCCGCCGGAACACCUCAACCUCCCCACCUCGACAAUGACCAGGACGACAACGAACAAGACCUAGCACACGGAGCCUGUCGCCUCUACCAGGUCGACCCUUCAGGCACUGCGUUCGGCUGGAAGGCUACCGCCGUUGGAAAGGACUCACAGAACGCGAAAACAUUCCUCGAAAAAAGAUACCGAGUCGAUAUGAGCGUCGAAGAUGCUAUUCACACUGCCCUACUCACCCUCAAGGAACUCUGUGAAGGCAUCGUAACUGAAACUAACAUUGAGGUCGGCGUCAUCGAUAACGAAUCUAUGAAAUUCAAAAAACUGAGACCCUCUGAGGUCAAAGACUACCUACGCGAAGCCGAGUAA